CUAUCACAAUUCACAACUCAUAAUUCCACCGAAAUUCAAUACCAAAAAACCAGCACAUACAUACCUUCUUCACCAUUCAUAAUUCUUCCUAUAAAACUCCCCUUUUCAUCCUUUUCACACCUCUGCCUCCCCUCAAUUUCCUCUAGUCUUGAUCAACCUUAACCCGAAAAUGCGAGAAAUUCUUCAUAUCCAAGGUGGCCAAUGUGGCAACCAAAUCGGAGCCAAGUUUUGGGAGGUGGUCUGUGCUGAACAUGGCAUCGAUCCUACCGGUAGGUGCAAUGGGGACAUUAGUGAUCUUCAGCUUGACAGGAUCAAUGUUUAUUUCAAUGAGGCCAGAGGUGGCAGGUACGUGCCAAGGGCGGUUCUUAUGGAUCUCGAGCCUGGAACCAUGGAUAGUGUCAGGUCUGGUCCGCAUGGUCAGAUAUUUCGACCUGAUAAUUUUGUUUUUGGUCAAUCUGGUGCUGGAAACAAUUGGGCUAAAGGUCAUUAUACGGAAGGUGCUGAGUUGAUUGACUCUGUGCUCGACGUUGUUCGUAAAGAAGCGGAGAAUUGUGAUUGCUUGCAAGGAUUUCAGGUUUGUCACUCUUUAGGAGGAGGAACGGGGUCCGGCAUGGGGACUCUUUUGAUAUCGAAAAUCCGAGAGGAAUACCCCGAUCGAAUGAUGCUUACGUUCUCCGUUUUCCCUUCUCCUAAGGUUUCUGAUACGGUUGUUGAGCCUUAUAAUGCCACUCUUUCUGUUCAUCAGCUUGUUGAAAAUGCAGAUGAAUGUAUGGUUCUUGAUAAUGAAGCUCUGUAUGAUAUCUGCUUCCGCACCCUUAAACUCGCUACACCGAGCUUUGGUGAUUUGAACCAUUUGAUUUCUGCUACCAUGUCUGGAGUCACAUGCUGCUUGAGAUUCCCAGGUCAGCUGAACUCUGACCUGAGAAAGCUAGCCGUGAAUCUCAUCCCCUUCCCACGCCUCCAUUUCUUUAUGGUCGGGUUUGCUCCUCUAACCUCCCGUGGCUCCCAGCAAUACUCAGCCCUGACGGUUCCAGAACUCACCCAACAAAUGUGGGAUGCAAAGAACAUGAUGUGCGCAGCAGAUCCUCGCCACGGCCGCUAUCUUACAGCUUCAGCCAUGUUCAGAGGGAAAAUGAGCACCAAGGAAGUUGACGAGCAGAUGAUCAAUGUACAAAAUAAGAACUCAUCCUAUUUUGUCGAAUGGAUUCCCAACAAUGUCAAAUCGACUGUUUGUGAUAUCGCUCCGAUAGGCCUGAAAAUGGCGUCCACAUUUAUUGGGAACUCGACGUCAAUCCAAGAGAUGUUUCGCCGUGUGAGCGAACAGUUCACUGCCAUGUUCAGGAGGAAGGCUUUCUUGCAUUGGUAUACAGGGGAAGGCAUGGAUGAGAUGGAGUUCACAGAGGCAGAGAGCAAUAUGAAUGAUUUGGUUUCCGAAUAUCAGCAGUACCAAGAUGCAACAGCUGAUGAGGAUUAUGAGGAAGAGAAUGAAGAACAUGAUAUGUAAUCUUAAUCUGCAUUCUUUAGUCUUCAACUUUAAGGAAACACUCUAAUAUUCAGAAAUUAUAAAUUUUGCAA